AUGGCAUUCCUUACAUUGCCGAUACUUAUAUCGUCCAGUGAUGACGUUACCAUUGGGAUAGAUAAUUAUUCAUUUGAAGUUAAGAAGAAUCAAGAAUUUUUUGGUAUUCAAAACAUCCCUUGUGAUUCCGUACAUUUGAUCCAUUUCCAAGAACAUAAUAAAAAAGAAUCUAUACGGUAUGGAUAUUGGUUCAACUGCAACGUUGGCGUCAACGGUGAUGUAGGGUAUUACUUAAAAUAUAAUGGUGAGAAAGAGAUAUUUGACGUUUUCAAAGAGACAAAUUUGAACGUUUAUUAUGAAAAUAUCAAUAAAUACCGUAACUUGAUGGUUAAUUAUCCACAAGUUGAAGAUAUUGAAUCAUCGGAUAAUUGGACUUUACAGACGAAGUACAUUUCAUGGGAUCAAGUAGUCAGUGUACACGAGAGUGGUGAUAAUGAUCAACAAUCGUUUGUGUAUGUGGAUACCUCGAUGACUAGUCGAGAAGAGAUUUUUUUUUUACAAAAGAAAUUAAACAUAGACGAAAACAAUGCAAUGAAUGAAAAACAUUUCAAAUACACCAUAUUGAAUUUCAAAUCCAAAGAUGCAUUGCGUGCAGAGUACCGGAUGACAGAUUUCUUGGAUAAGAGUAAUUACUUAAAUGCCAAACUAUUGCCUAACUUUUUCAAUAAUGACAUAAAGAGAUUACUUGGGGAGUUACAAAUUUCAUUUUUAAACUGCAUCACCUUUGGCAACUAUGGAUCAAGCUUGCAAUGGCACAAUAUAAUUGAAUUAUUGACACAAAGUUCCGUUGUACCUGGCGAAGAAAACACUGUGAAAGAUCUAGACGAAAUAUUAAGUAAACAGCUUAGAAUGAUGCCCAAUGAAUACUAUGAUAUAUUACUAAACAUGAAGUUAUGGAGAAAGACAAUCGAUAAAUCGAUACAAAAACACGUCCUGGUGAAGACAAGAAAACAAUUGGAGAUAAUAUCACAAGACUUAAAAGGCGAUCACGAUGACAGCGACGACGCCGUGUACAACCACACAACUGCAUACACUGACGAACUGGAUAGCGGUGAAUACUACUAUCCUAGCAUUGGCAGUGAUGAAGAGUCUGACAAUGAAGGACCCACCGUAGUAGCAGGUAUAUAUCACAACCGUAACAACUGA